CUCGUGAGCAAGCAAUGAAGCAAGCAAGCUCGAGUACAAUCGAGGAUCAAGCAAUCAUUUCGAACGACAGUAGUGGUCACGAGUCUGCGCUACCGCGAUCCUACAUGGGCGUAUAGCGAAGAGUGGUGGCACGCGAUCUUCUGCCGAGCUCACCCCGCUCGCGUCAGGGCUAUAGCCAGCGUCACCCUCACAACCACACACCCAUAUCUCAUUCUCCCUCCCCCUUCCAGCGCCCACUCCACCUCCAACAUGUCCUCCCAUCCUAGCGGCGGCGGCGGCGGCGGCGGCGGCAACUCGGCGUCAGUCCCACUAGACGGCCUCUCCAUGAUGUUGGGCCAUCAGCAGAGCGAAAAAGAUCGAAUACUGAACAAGUUGCAGAUGGCGGCAUGGCCAGCAGCGGAUGUGGAACUGGUGGCACUGCUAGAUGACGGCUUCGACUCGGAUCACUCGUCUGCUGCCGCUCCCGCUGCUGCUGCAUCCCCGCGCGUCGAAGCGACGAGCGCAGCUGCGAAAGCUGGACUGUUCUCAAAGGGUUUCCUUAGCAGCACCAAGGCUCCUGCUCCACCUAGUACGGCUUAUGCCCGCGCAAAAGAAGCAAAGAGGACUUCUAGCACCGCCAUGGGCACGGCGCCGACACCUAGGAGCAUCGCGGUGCACAGCAUGAUCCUCGUCUAGUUCUCCCACUUUAAGAGCAGCUUGGGAAAGGAGAGCGAGUGGCAGGAAGCCAAGA